CAUCCACCAUGUCCAACGUCCCACCGGCUGGAUUCUUCGACGCCGAAGAAACCCAAUCGAGAUACGACUUCAAGACCCAGUUUCUGACCACGGUCCUCCUCUGCCUCGUCUUCGUCGCCGCCCUCGUCGUCUUCCUCCACUUCUGCGGUUGGUACGUCCUCGGCCACCGCCGCCGCCUCCCCGCCCCGCGCACCUCUAUUGUCAGCCUUUUCCGUGUCGGGCCCGCCACUGCUCCGAAGCCCGGCCUCGAUCCCUCGGCCAUCGCUGCACUACCGACGGUUCCUUACCGAAGAACUAUCAAUGGCGAAAACGACGGGAGCGAUGCUGAGUGCAUAAUUUGCUUGAUUGUGAUAGAAGAAGGCGAGAGAGUCCGGCUGCUGCCAAGCUGCAGGCAUGUCUUCCAUGUCACCUGCAUCGACAUGUGGUUGAGUUUUACUUCUACAUGUCCCGUUUGCCGGGCCGUGGUGGAGCCAGCACCGACGGCGGUCACGGUGGAGCCAGCACCGCCGGCGGUCACGGUGGAGAUUGGCGAGUCAUCAGCCUCACAACCGGGGACGUUAGAGUUAUCGGGUGGUGGUGGUGGUUCCGAGAGCACAUCAGGGUCGAAGGAAGCUAGGAGACCUCAAGGAGAGCGGCUCGAUGUCAUCGCGGUUUAGCGCAUCGUUUCGGAGGAUGUACAUGCUGAGGUCCGCAGAAAGGAGAACUACAGGGGAUGGAAUUGAAGAUUUGGAGAGGCAGUAGUACAAUUUUUCGUAUAAUGUUUCUUAAAUUCCUUUUUUCCCUUUCACUUUAAUUGCUUCUCGUUUUUUCUUUCUUUCUUUCUUUUUUCCCUUUUGGAAAAGAUUUAUGUGGAUAAAUAUACAUGAAAGCAUAAACACUAAAUUGUUUAUGG